AUGGGUGUGCAAGACGUGCUAAAGAGAAAGCAGGGUGUGAUUGUGGGUGACGACGUGCGUGCGCUGUUCUCGUACGCGCGCGAGCACAAGUUUGCGAUCCCAGCGAUCAACGUGACGUCGUCGUCGACGGUUGUCGCGGCAUUGGAGGCUGCGCGUGACAGCAAGUCGCCAAUCAUCCUGCAGACGUCCAACGGCGGAGCCGCGUACUUUGCGGGCAAGGGCGUGUCCAACGAGGGCCAGUACGCUGCGGUCCAGGGCGCGACCGCGGCCGCGCACUACAUCCGGUCGAUUGCGCCUGCAUACGGCGUGCCUGUGGUGCUGCACACCGACCACUGCGCCAAGAAGCUGCUGCCAUGGUACGAUGGCAUGCUGGAGGCGGACGAGGCGUACUUCAAGGAGCACGGCGAGCCGCUAUGGUCGUCGCACAUGCUUGACCUGUCCGAGGAGACUGACGACGAGAACAUCGCGACCUGCGUUAAGUACUUCCAGCGCAUGGCCAAGAUGGGCCAGUGGCUAGAGAUGGAGAUCGGUAUCACCGGCGGUGAGGAGGACGGUGUGAACAACGAGCACGUCGAGAAGGACGCGCUAUACACCUCCCCAGAGACCGUCUUCGCUGUGUACGAGGCGCUUGCGCCAAUCUCGCCUAACUUCUCCAUCGCCGCUGCCUUCGGUAACGUGCACGGUGUGUACAAGCCAGGCAACGUCGUGUUGUCGCCUGAGAUCCUAGGCGAGCACCAGCAGUACGCGGCCGCCAAGGUCGGCGGCUCCGAGGCCAAGCCUUUGUACCUGGUCUUCCACGGUGGCUCCGGCUCCACCCAGCAGGAGUUCAACACCGCCAUCUCCAACGGUGUGGUCAAGGUCAACUUGGACACCGACUGCCAGUACGCCUACUUGCAGGGCAUCCGUGACUACGUCCUGAACAAGAAGGACUACAUCAUGAGCAUGAUCGGCAACCCAGAGGGCGAGGACAAGCCAAACAAGAAGUUCUUCGACCCACGUGUCUGGGUCAGAGAGGGUGAGAAGACCAUGACCAAGCGUAUCGCCGAGGCCCUACAGGUGUUCCACGCCGUCAACCAGUUGUAA